GCCGGCGGCGAGCCCGGCUGCCCGGCUCCCCGCGGGGGGCGCGGAGGGGGCUCGGCGCUCCCCCCAGCCCUGGCAGGAUGCUGCCUUCCUCCCGGACCCAGCUGGGGCUCUUCUUCAUCCUCCUCUGUCCCGCCAACAUCAUCGGGCUCUGGUGGGCAGUGGGGAGCCCCCUGGUCAUGGACCCCAACAGCAUCUGCCGCAAGACGAAGCGGCUGGCGGGGAAGCAGGCGGAGCUGUGCCAGCUGGAGCCAGAGAUCGUGCAGGAGGUGGCCAAGGGCACCAAGCUGGGCGUCCGGGAGUGCCAGUACCAAUUCCGUUUCCGCCGCUGGAACUGCACCAGCCACAGCAAGUACUUUGGCAAGAUCCUGCAGCAGGAUAUCCGGGAGACAGCCUUCGUGUAUGCCAUCACAGCAGCUGGGGUGAGCCAUGCCAUCACACAGGCCUGCAGCAUGGGUGAGCUGCUGCAGUGUGGCUGUGAGCUGACGCGGAGCCGGGCUCCCCCCUCACCCACAGUGGGUCCAGGCGCAGAGGGCACAGCCUGGGAGUGGGGGGGCUGCGGGGACGAUGUGCAGUUCGGCUAUGAGAAAUCCCAGCAGUUCAUGGAUGCGAAGAGCAAGAAAGGCAAAAAUGACAUCCGAGCUCUUAUCGACCUGCACAACAACGAAGCUGGGCGCUUGGCGGUGCGUAGCUACAUGAGGACAGAGUGCAAAUGCCAUGGGCUGUCAGGCUCCUGUACCCUGCGGACCUGCUGGCGGAAGAUGCCCCAUUUCCGCGAGGUGGGGGACCGCCUGCUGGAGCGCUUCAACGGGGCUUUCAAGGUGAUGGGGGGCAAUGAUGGGAAAACCCUCAUCCCCGUGGGUGACAACAUCAAGCCCCCCGACAAGCAGGACCUCAUCUACUCAGCCGACUCACCCGACUUCUGCUCGGCUAACCGUAAGACGGGCUCGCUGGGCACCCGGGGCCGCAUCUGCAACAGCACAGCCAUGGACACGAGCGGGUGUGACCUGCUGUGCUGUGGGCGAGGGCACCGGGACGAGACGGUGGUGCUGGAGGAGAACUGCCUUUGCCGCUUCCACUGGUGCUGCGUUGUGCAGUGCCGCAAGUGCUCUGUCCGUCAGGAGCUCAGCCUCUGCGUCUGAAGGCCUGGGGUCGGGCAAGGACAAUUUGGGGGGCCAGCACCAGGCUCACGCUGUGCACCCCCUGGGACAGAGACAGGCUGAGCCGGUGGCAGGGACGGUGUGGGUAAGCCCAUAUCUGCACCCCAAGGAGUCCUGGCUUCCCCAGGGGACAGUGUGAGGCUUUCUGGCAUCCCCACAGCCCCUGCAGUGGGAUCUGCGGGUGCAGAGCUUCCAAUAAUAAAGCUAUUUAAAGCCGGUGUGCCACAGUACUUCCUGGGGAGGGCUGGGAAGCGCUGACCACC